AUGAUCUUACAAAGUGAGGAUGCCCCAGUAUCUAAUAUAUCUGAUAACGCUUCAAAUUCUGAUGUAUCUCUGACUCGAUGCUCUGCCUUACCUGUCCGCACAGAGCCUAAAUCAUUAGAGGAAAAGGAGAUGAUUGAUUUCUUGGAUAUGCAGAAUAAGAAAGCGGUUAGUGAUAUGAUGAUAAAGAGGAACAGGGAAAAGAAACUUCAAGGAUCAUUUAAUAACUCAACUCCACCGAUACUAUCCGAAGUACUAACUAUACCAACAUCCCCAGUUUCUUUGGACUCGAAAAAUCAAGAUAAUAAUCAGGAUAAAUUACACAAGAAAAAAGGAACAGAGAAUAUUGCUCAACAGAAGUUCGCAGAGACAGAUUCAUCAUCAAAUUCUUCUGCAAUCCCAUUACUCGAAUUAGCACAAUUAUUUGAUAGUGCAACUGAUGCCGAAUAUUAUGCUAUAAAAGCUAACCAAGAAGAAACUUUAUGCUGGACUAAUUAUGGGAAAGAAUUUAUAAUUCAGUAUAAUGAUAUUGUGAAAAAUAAAAAGGUCCAAGGAAAUGAGAAUACAACUCCCAGAAAUUUCACGUAA